AUGGACUGGCUAGAAGAAGAAGAAGCUAUUUCCCCCUGGUGUACCAGUGGAUUUGAAUCUGAAAUCAGCCUUUGCCCAACGAGCCUCCGUCCUACUUUGUUACAACAGGAGAUUCCCCACCACCCGUGGAUAGACCUGUUUCCUAUCCCCCAAAUGAGGGACAAUUUGCUCCAGAGAUACGGAGACUUCGAUGAAACGGCUCUUUGCAAUGACCUUGUUGAUUUCUAUGAUGUUUCAAACGACGAGACUGGUUUAAUUGUGUGGAGAACGCCAUGGCAUCCGACAGGGUGGGAGGUUAGUGAGACUUUCUUGCGUAAAUGGAGCUGGGUCGUCAGGGGAUGUGAUGAUCUUGCCAACUCAACAAAUUACUGGCGCGGAUUACGUGGAGAAGAGCCGUUGGUGUUCGAUACUGGCCUGUGA